GGGCUCACUGGCUCGCUGUCCCGUCGAUCGGCAGUAGUGACGCAAAUGGGUAUGGAAGUGCCGUCUUGGGCCAAAUCCGGUGGGUGCUUUGCGCGUUGGCUGUCUUAAGGGAGGCAAGCAUUGCAUAAAGGGGGAGGAGGAAGAUAGAGUGCGAAGUCGAUCAAUAUAUAUCUUCGCAUUUGCACCAACACCCAAGACUUCUUGGCCUCCUCCAUAUUCUCCACACACUUGACAUUCUCUUUUAGGGUCCUUCUACAUCACACUAGCUCCCGAUCUCGAGAUGCCAAGCUAUGGGCAGCAGCGCAGUGGAUACCCACCCCAUGUUUCCUUCGACAUAGAUCAUGACCGGCGCAGCCCCUCGCCAAGAGGGAGGCCAUCAAGAAGUCCAGUAAAGGACGACCGUCCCCGGCGACCCAGAUCCAGGCCACAAAGCUCUCACUACGACCCACCAAACAAGUACUACGUACCUGGGGAUGACGGCAGGCUGUCAAGAAGUCCAGGAACGGUCGACCGUCCUUCACGACCCCAAGCUAGGCGUCACAGUUCUCACUACGACCCACGAGAAAGUUACCCCAUAUCCGGGGACGACGGCAGGCCAUCAAGAAGUCCAGUAAAGGACGACCAUCCCCGGCGACCCACCACUAGGCGCCACAGCUCACAUUACGACCCACGAGACACGUACCGCACACCCGGGGAUGACGAGUUCGAUAACGCCUACAGGCCAAGUCGUCGGCACUCUUCCGCCUCCCGAGGCCGCGACGUAGCCCCUCGCAAGAAUUCACCAGACCCAAGGCGUCAUCGGACAUCGUUGAGAAGCAACCACGAGCAAUCCUCGGGCGAAUACCGGGACUACGACUACGGUCAGAGGCGGCGGCAAUCCAACAGCCACGUUAGCCACAUCAAUGAACGUCGACCGUUGGCUCCCUCGUCAGCACGUUCCUCAUCCCACCCCCCGCCACUCCGCUCCGCCACCGAACCGACGCCGGGCCGCCACAGCAGCCGGCACUACCCACCCUCGACCUCAGCCAGCAAGUCCGGGGCCAGCCGCCGAAGCAGCAGGAGGCGCCCGUCCCGGUCCUCCCCGUCCCCUUCCCGGUCCCCCUCCCCCUCCCCCGAAGCCAAGAGUGGCGGAGCCUGGAUGGGCGCGGCCAAGGUCGCGAUGGAGGCCGGGGCGAUGGCGGCGCUGAAGAUGCGCCACGACCCGGGCGAGUGGAUGGGGACCAAGGGGGCCACGGUCGCCACGGCCGCGCUCGGUGCCGCUGUGGUCGACGCCUUUAUGGACAAGAAGUUCCCCAACCGGAAGGGGGGCAUGCGGCAUACCAUGGCGAAGACGGCCACACAGCGUGCCCUGCGUCAUAUGGUGCCGGGGGGAUGAUUGAUGCACGGGAUGGGAUGCCACAGGCGAUUUAGUUCCAUUUCUUGUUAUGUCUUUGAGCUUGUUUUUUUUUUUUUUUUUGGCUUGCCCAGGGUAUUUAGUGUUUAUUCGUCGGAACUUCCUGCGUGAGCGUUGGGAGUUUACUCAUUUUGGAGGUCUAUGGAGUACUGUGUAUAGCGGCAAAGAUUGGGGAUUCAAGACACAAUCGAUGGAUA